AUGGUCAACCAGAACCCCGGCGACGGUACCUUCACUUACAGCUACGAGGCCGAGAACGGCAUCGAGUUCUCCGAGCAGGGCGAGCUCAAGGACGACGGCGCGGAGGGGCUCAACUCGGUGCGAGGCAUGUACGCGUACACCGGGCCGGACGGCGUGCGCUACCAGGUGGCCUACACUGCGGACGAGAACGGCUUCCGCCCCGUCGGCGACCACCUGCCCACGCCGCCGCCCGUCCCCGCCGCCAUCCAGGCCGUCAUCGACAACGCGCAGUCGGAGCAGCCCCAGGACGGCGCCGAGGCCCCGGUCGACGAGGCGCAUGGAGGCGCCCCCCAGGACGGUCCCAGUGGCGAGGCGGGCCCCAGCGCGCCGCAGGACAACGAGGUGACCCCGAGUCCCCAGGCCGACAAGUACUACACCACCGCGGCCUCGCCGACGUACCGGCCGCAGGGACGCCCCCAGGGGAGGCCCCAGCCUCAGGGAUUCGCGCAGAACGGGUACCAGCAAGGCGGCAGGCCCGGCUACUCCCCCAGUGCGCCAGCUUUCGCCCCACAGGGCUCCACCCCGACAUUCACCCCCACUGGUGCUCAGGUGAGCGCCCCGAGCGCGCCGCAGGGACCUGCACCCACGUUCGCUCCCCUGGGGCCUGCCGCCCCCACGUUCACCCCUCAGGAACCUGCCUCUACGUUCGCUCCUCAGCGACCAACAUACUCUCGGCCGACUCCCACCUACAGCUCCCAGCGACCAGCUCCCUCCUUCACCUCUCAGGGACAAGCCCCGACCUACAACUCCCAAGGACAAGUCCCCACGUACACGACUUCCCAGGAACAGGAAACUACCCCGACGUACAGCCCCACUGGUGCGCAGGUGAGUGCACCUAGUUUCGCCCCCACCUCACCGCAGAGACCAGCUCCCGCCUUCAGCCCGCAAAGGCCUGCCGCUACCUUCUCUCCCCAGGAACCUUCCACGUUCAGUCCCGAAAGCCCCGCCGCCCCUGCGUUCGCUCCUCUGGGACCGGCUACCGCUUUCACUCCCCAGGGAGCCGCCCCCACCUCCCCGCCGAAGAUGACCACCGCCACGUUCCUGCCCAGCGGCCCCCAGCGGCCCUUCAACGGGUACCAGCAGCAGCGACCCUCCUCCAACGGGUACCAGAGCCAGAGCAGCCAGGGCGCCCUCGCCCCAGCGCCCCAGCCCGGCCAGGAGUCCGAGGCCGGCGAGACCCCCGCCACCCCUGCCCAGGCCGCAUUCCCAGACAGCACGGACCCCGAAGCCACCCCCUCCCCCACCCCCGACGCCCCGGAAUUCGGGUCCAGAGUGCCCCCCGCCCAAAGCUUCUCUCCGGACUCCGGCUAUCAUUACUGA